AUGGCAGAGGAGCAGCCCCCCCCUCCCCACCCUGAUGCCCCUCAGCAGCUGCCCCUCAGCCCCGGGGGGGCUCUGCCCACUCUGCUGCCAGGCCUGCCGGGCACCGAGGCCAACGCGCUGCAACACAAGAUCAAGAAAUCCAUCUGCAAACCUGUACAAUCUAAGGUGGACUGCAUUUUGCAAGAAGUUGAGAAGUUUACAGACCUAGAGAAACUCUACCUCUACCUUCAGCUGCCUUCUGGUCCUAGCAAUGGAGAGAAAAGCGAUCAGAGUUCCAUGUCAUCGAACCGGGCACAGCAAAUGCACGCCUUUUCGUGGAUUCGAAACACCUUGGAAGAACAUCCUGAGACUUCGCUCCCCAAACAGGAAGUCUAUGAUGAGUACAAGAGCUACUGCGACAAUCUUGGCUAUCAUCCGUUAAGUGCUGCUGAUUUUGGAAAGAUCAUGAAAAACGUCUUUCCAAACAUGAAGGCACGCCGCCUGGGCACAAGAGGCAAAUCAAAAUACUGCUACAGUGGAUUGAGGAAGAAAGCGUUCGUUCACAUGCCGACACUGCCCAAUCUUGACUUUCAUAAAGCUGGAGAUGGGUUGGAAGGAGCGGAACCUUCCGGCCAGCUCCGCAGCGUGGACGAGGAAGUCGUCUCCGCGGCCUGCCGCCUGGUGUGUGAGUGGGCCCAGAAGGUGUUGAGCCAGCCCUUCGAUUCGGUCUGGGACUUAGCUCGCUUCCUUGUAAAAAGUCACUACAUAGGCACCAAGUCGAUGGCAGCUCUUACCGUUAUGGCAGCAUCACCAGCAGGAAUCAAAGGGAUCAUCCAACCCUCUGCUUUCGUGCCCACUGCCGAGAGCAAUUCCUUUCAGCCUCAAGUGAAGACACUGCCGUCCCCCGUUGAUGCCAAGCAGCAGCUGCAGCGGAAAAUCCAGAAGAAGCAGCAGGAGCAGAAGCUGCAGUCACCUUUGCCAGGAGAGGCUUCAGCCAAGAAACCGGAAGGAGCGGUAACCAAUGGAGUAGCCGGGAUCUCUAACGGAAACUCUGCGAUCCUCUCUCCCCAGCCAAUCGGAAUCGUGGUGGCGGCUGUCCCCAGCCCUAUCCCGGUAACCCGAACCAGGCAGCUGGUGACGUCGCCAAGUCCGAUGGGCUCGCCGGAUGGCAAGGUUCUUCCCCUCAACGUGCAGGUGGUGACCCAGCACAUGCAGUCGGUGAAGCAGGCACCAAAGACUCCUCAGAACGUCCCCGCCAGUCCCGGGGGCGACCGUUCGGCCCGGCCCCGCUACCCUCAGAUCCUACCCAAGCCAGCCAACACCAGUGCCCUCACCAUCCGCUCCCCGACUACCGUCCUCUUCACGAGCAGCCCCAUCAAGACCGUCGUCCCCGCCCCCCACGUGAGUUCCUUGAACGUGGUGAAGAUGACGGCGAUAUCCCUGACGCCCAGCGGCGGCGGCCCCCCCCUCAAACCUUCCGCCGCGGCCAACCCCGGCGCGGGGGCGGCCGACGAGCCCCGCGCCGUCCCCCAGAUCAAGAACGGGUCGGUCGUGUCCCUCCAGUCCCCCGGCGCCAAGGCGGGCGGGACCGGGGGGGCGGCGGCCGUGGAGAUCAAGGUGGAACCGGAAGCUCUGGCGGAGGAGAAUCCCGUAGCGUGCCAAGAGAACGCCGAGGCGUCGAAAGCUCCCAAGGCGACGCCCGGCGUGGUUUUGGGGCAGCAGAAUCAUUUGGAGGGGGGAGCCCAGAAGUCUCCGGCCGAGGGCGCUGACGACGCAAGAGCGGCUAAGACGUGUGACCCGAGGACCAGGUGUAAGAGUCGCUCGGGCGAAAUGCUGCCGGUUUCCUCCGCGGGCAAUAAUCACGGCGCUCUCACGCUCUCAGCGGCCACUCAGAACUUCUCCGGCACCGGCACCGACACCGGUUCGCCCCCCGGGGGAGACCCCGCCGGGAAAGACACUAAGUUAUGCACUAAAAGCCCGCGGAAGCGCCAGCCUCCCACGCUGCAAGAGUCCCAGGUGCCUCUUGUCAAGAAGUCCCUGGUGGAGCAGCCCUCCGCCGGGACCCCGGAAGGCCCCAGGGCGGGCGGGGUCAAGAGGGACGCGAAAGCCCCCGCGCCGGCCAAGACGGAGGGCCCCGGGGGAGCGGCCCAGCCUCCCGGCAAGGCGGCGGCCGCGAAGGUCGGCCCCGGGGCCCCGGCCCGCCCGGCGGCCAGCUGCCCGCCGAGCUCUAAGGGCGCCAGCCCCGGCGGCUCGGCCGGAGGGCCCCGGUCGGCGGCCGCCUCCCCGGGCGUCAGGGUGAAAGUAGAAAGAAACGUCUUCGCCCCGGAAACCGAAUCCAAGCCGGACGACGGCUUUACCCUCAACUCGUGGCAGCAGGCGGAAGCCGCCAAGGACUCCGGGCUCCCGCCGGCCGACCGCGAAGAGCGGCGGGAGGUGGGCGUCAUGGACGUGGCCGAAGCCCCCGGCGGGAGCGACCUGCCGAAAUCCGUCUGGGAGCCGUUGCGCUUCGAGGGGCUCCAGCAGAGCCCCUUCGGCCCGCAGCUCCAGAGCCAGCUGGAGGAACCCGCCCUGGGCCAGAUGGCGGCCCAGGCUCCCAGUCGGGUACCCCCGCCGUCCGAGCUGAAGGCGUUCGAGCCUCCGGGCCCCCAGGCGAACGAGAACUACUUUCCGUUCGACGACGAGCUGACCCAGGACAGCAUCGUGGAGGAGCUGGUCCUCAUGGAGGAGCAGAUGUCGAUGAACAACUCCCAUCCGUACGGCGGCUGCCUGGGGAUGGCCCUCCAGGGGCAGGCGGUGACCCCGAGCGCCCCGGUGGCGUCCCACCCCGCCAACCCCCACUUCUUCCACUCGGUCCACGGCAACGGCACUCCGAUCCACACCCCCACCCCCACCCCGACCCCGACCCCCACCCCCACGCCCACGCCCACCCCCACGUCGGAGAUGAUCGCCGGCUCGCAGGGCUUGUCCCGGGAGAGCCCCUGCUCCAGGCUGGCUCCCACCACGCCGGUGGACAGCGCGCUGGGAAGCAGCCGGCACACGCCCAUCGGCACGCCGCAUUCCAACUGCAGCAGCAGCGUCCCCCCGAGCCCCGUCGAGUGCAGGAACCCCUUCGCGUUCACCCCCAUCAGCUCCAGCCUGGCCUACCACGACGCCAGCGUGGUGUCCAGCAGCCCCGUGAAACCGAUGCAGCGGCCCACGGCCACCCACCCGGACAAGACCAAGCUGGAGUGGAUGAAUAACGGGUACGGCGGGGUCGGCGGUUCGGCCGUGGCCGGCCACGGCAUCCUCCCGAGCUACCAGGAGCUGGUGGAGGACCGUUUCCGGAAGCCGCACGCCUUCGCGGUGCCCAGCCAGUCCUAUCAGUCUCAGCCCCGGCACCACGACCCCCACUUGGGCCGCCUGACGCCGGUCUCCCCCGUGCAGCACCAGGGGGCCGGCGGGAACGCCGCCCCCAAACAGGAAGGGUUCGCCGUCCCCGCCCCGCUGGACAACAAAGGAGCCGGCUCCUCCCUCGGCAACAGCUUCAGAUGCCGGAGCGUGAGCCCCGCCGUCCACCGCCAGCGCAACCUUAGCGGCAGCACGCUCUAUCCGGUGUCCAAUAUCCCGCGGUCCAACCUGACCCCCUUCGGGAGCCCGCUGGCGCCCGAGAUCCACAGCGUCCUGGCAGGCAUCCACCCCGACGUCAGUGCCAACAGCCUAGCCCAGAGGAGCCAGUCCGUCCCGUUGACGGUCAUGAUGCAGACGGCCUUCCCCUCGCUCCAGAAGCAGACCAACACUAAGAAAAUCACCAACGUGUUGCUGAGCAAACUGGACUCGGACAGCGACGACGCCGUGAGGGGCCUGGGGAUGAACAACCUGCCCUCCAAUUACACGGCCAGGAUGAAUCUCACGCAGAUCCUGGAGACGUCGGCGGCCUUCUCCGGUGCCAACCCGCAGGGUCUGAUCCACUCGGGCGCCUCGCUCUACGAGUUCCCGACACCGACUUACCUCACGAAAAACAGCGGCGCCGACCAGAUCCACUUCCCCGCCGGGGACGGCCAGGCGCAGGCGGAGAUCGGAGAGCAGCAGUUGGAUUUCAGCAGCACCGUGAAAGAACUGUUGGGCGGGGACGGCCUGCCGACCAACCAGCAGCUGGCGGGGCAGGUGGCGGCCGAUCUCAAUAACGUCGCCGCCGACUUCUCCAGCGAGAUCCGGUUGUCUUCCGAGCUCUCGGGCAGCAUCAACGAUCUGAACACCCUUGACCCCAAUCUCCUCUUCGACCCGGGUCGCCAGCAGGGACAGGACGACGAGGCAACCCUGGAGGAGUUGAAGAACGAUCCGCUCUUUCAGCAGAUUUGCAACGAGUCCAUCAACUCCAUGACGUCGUCGGGGUUCGAGUGGAUGGAGAGCAAGGACCAUCCCGCCGUCGAGAUGUUGGGUUGAAUCGCGGUUUCUGAUAUGUAGCACACUGUAUCUAAAGACCAGACGUAUUGUAUUUGUCUUAAUGGAAGUGCCUCCCGCAGCAGAAACACUUGCUCUUAAUUGCGGCGUUUUUCAAAGGGUUUGCUGCACCGGGCUUCGUCCUUCAGCAGGGAAGCGGGAAACGGGCAGAUUCACCGCGGAACGAGGUCGAGGCCCGUUCCCGGAGGUGAAGGGCCGUUGAAGAGUCAAUAUUGAGAUUCGGAUUGUGUAACCGCCCCCACGUUUAGUUUGCUCAGAAACCAGUUGAUUAACCGGCCUUCACACUUUUACCUCCCAGGCCAUCGCGGGCCCUGUCGUGUUCUGCGGAGCUCGCCUCUCCCUGAGCAGGCCUGCUCGGUUGGAGACGUUAAGUCGUCUCACCGCCGCGAGCUCCUUUAGGUCAGGAACUCCGGCUUGGCCAGCUGGAGGCGGAGAGGCUUUUCUCGUAGCGGCGGCUUCCCGUGGAAUGGUUUACUGGGAGAGACCUCUCGAGAACGCUCCCCUCCUCCAGCUGGACAUCCCGGGGAAGGACUUAAAUAGGAGAAAAUCUCUUCAUUUAAGCAGAGCCAAAGGUGCGCUGACACCUCGUCUCGAAGCCAUUUACACCCGUGACCUCCCGCGAGUGUUUUUAGUUACCGUUUUUUAAAGUCGGUUUUAAUCCGAGCUGAAAAUCAUCCGAAACGAGUAAAUCAUUCUGAGCUUUCUAGGCUUAGCCGAGGAUUUCCGGCCCCACGUUAGAAACCAUUUUGUUCCGUGGUGGUUUUUUUUAUUUGACAGUUUGGGAAAGGUAAUGUAAGGGGAAAAUAAAAAUAUUUGCUUUCCUAAGUACCCUGGCCGCAGGCAAAUACUAAAUCAUUGAGAUCUGAGAUUUGUUUUUAAACCCUUUUUAAUUAUAAUGUAUCUGGGGGAUCGAGGUGUUUUUUUUUUUCCCUCGCACGGCCUGUAUGAUCAGCUGACGCUCUCCACUCAUUCAUUCAAUCAAUCGUAUUUAUUGACUUCCCAUGAGCAAAAAUGAAAUUUGAUCAUGAGAUCGCUUGGAAAGAUAACAACUAACCAGCAGGAGGGAUGGAAAAAUCUGGACUGCAAAAACGUUUCGUUAGCUAAACCCAGUUCGCCGCAAGCCACUCUUCUCCCGCAAGAAGAGGGGUUAUCAAUAAUACUCGGGAAGAGAGGAGUCUUUUUAGUGCUCUGUUUCACUCGUUCGUUACACCGUCUUCACUUGAAGAGGAAAUCCAUAUUUGUGGAUUUAAUUUUAAAAUCAAUUCCUCGCUACCCCUCCCGUUGGAUUUUUAAUGAGUAUCUAUCUGUUAAACUUCGAGGCGACACGGAAGCUUCCCCACUUGGAACUCCGUAACGGAGUCUCUAAAAAUGAACCCUAGAGAUUGGUCUGCCGACGGCGGCGCUUUUAAAACCACCGACGAGGUGCUUAAGUUCGGCCCGACCUCACCCGUAAAGUCAUCGGCCAGCCAAGCGGGACGGGUGGGAAACGCGUGUAGUAGAGCAGACGACCGAAUACAGGUUUACCGUUAAAACCGAGAGGAGGGGGAACGUUCCGAUAUUUUCACAAAUCAAAUGGUGCUAGGGUUAGCUCAGAGCUUUGUACAUUGGUAUCACGUCCUAGUUAUUGGCAUCCGUGUGUGUUUGCUGUUCCGACCCGUUAGCUGCCCGUUCCUAAUGCUAGUUAUUUCCUCACUGUACACUGAGACACAGCACUACUGCACACCAAAGUAUGCAAAAUCCAAAGGAAUACCAAAUGAAUGCUCCAACGGGAUAUAUGACGGGAACCUUGCUGGGCGAAAGACUCCGAAAGAGGGGAAUUGGAGGCAGUUCUGCUCUCGCGUUUACAUUAUUGGCUUCCUACUAAUGCGACGAAAAAGCUCCAAAUUCUUUUCUUUCUUUUUUUUUUUUUAACCUAAAACGGCAAGACUGAGCGAAGUCUGUCCCCUCUACAGUAUUGCAGCAAACACUUGAAAUUCGGUUGGUUAGUCCCGCAAACUUCUCUAGGGUUCAUCUAUUGCACUAAAUUUCUGUUGAACCUGUGGUAGGCACAUCUCUUAGGAUAAAUGCAACCAAUACGGCCCACAGAUAAAAAAAAAAAAACCUUUUUAAAUGUAUUUCGUUAUGAAAAGGCAAAAUGUCAUCCGAGUGACAGAUAAAAUUGUCUUAUGUAGCAAUGUGCAUUGAUCUCAAUGAGAUAUUUCUAUUUCUUAUUCUCUUACAUGAGAAACCUACAGCAGGAAGAAAUUAAGUUUAGUUUGCUUCACCAUGUUAAUACAUGAUCACAAAGAGUGCAUGAGUGUUAUUGACUUAUCUUGUACAGUACUAGGUAUAUUCCUGUAACCACUUUUUUUUUUCUUUUUGGCUGUAUUGGAACUGGUUGGAAGUGAACCAGGCAGACAUAUUCACAAGUUAUUUACUUUUUUAUGUUUACUAAUUCUGCUUAGUUAUUGUUGACUGUUCUUUUGACAGAUUGUUUUCAUUGUUCCGAUGUUUAAAAUAUUUUGCCUCAUUUUAUCAUGAUGAAAGACUUCAUGAAGUAAAGAGUUUUGCAAAUCAUUGCAAUAAGCACUGACUUUUGAACUGAGGAGGAAAGUGAUUCUUGUGCAGUGCAUCUGAAGUUCAUAUAAUAGUCUUGUACUAUAUACUGUGCUUUCUUUACUGCACCGUAAAGGAAAAAAAAAAAAACCCCUGUUUCACAUUUUCAUUUAGUACAGAAAACCAGAUUCCCCUCCCCACCCCCGUGUUUUGUUGUCUGUUGUACCUGCUGAAACUACGGUAGUCGAAUAUUGCAGUAGCAUUUCAGUUAUUUUUUUUAUUGAAAGUGCUCAAAAAUUGUUUUUUAAAUGUUUUCAAAAACAAUAAAAACAUUUUAUAUUAAA